AUGGAUGAUUGGUCCAAUUAUUUCUUCAUAAUCCGCACUGGUCACCUACCCUACACAUUUUUCACCGUCAACGGCAAUUCCCUCAAUCAGGUUCGCCAGCGACCAGCGUGGACCCUUGCAAACUGCGCCGAAAGAAGAAUCGGCGGCAAACUUCGGCGAGUGGCUCCAAUCAGUUGCUCCACGGACAGCAAUCGUCUACUCGGACGGAUCCCUCUCCCCCAGGAUGGACUCACCGUCCUCAGCGGCGAGAGGCUCCUAGAGGGUCUGCGUGCUGCGUUGAGCCUCCCGGCUGCAGACCAGAUUGUCGUAUGCCUCGAUAACCUCGCGGUCGCGACGUGUCUUCAAGGCAUGCCAUCAGAUUCCUCCCAGAAGGAGUUCCUGGAAUUCCAGGCCUUGGCCGCAGAACAUGGUGCCACUGAGAUCCGCUGGAUCCCCGGCCACACCAACAUCCCAGGUAACGAGCAGGCAGACGCCUUAGCAAAGGCAGGAACCUCUCAACCCGAGCCUGCAGACGCUCUCCCGACGCUGGCAUAUCUGCGCAAGGUCGCUAGGCAGCGACCAAAAGACGCAUUCAAAGCCUGGUGGGAAGUUUCUGCACCCCAACAGUACAGGGUCCUCGACCUCGAUGCCACGACUGGCUGCCCGCCAGAACUUACCAUUCCACGACCUCUGCUCCACCAUCUGCUCGCAGCAAGAAGCCACCACGGGGACUUCGCUGAUUACCACGAAAGAACCAAAGCAUCUCUUCUAUUGCCGGAAGAUCGCGCCGCGACAUCGGAUGAGGUUGGCACCCUCACCGAGCGCGGCGGUCAACCGAGCAAUAGGCGAGACUUCGACCAGUUCGUCAAGGUGGCGAAGGCAAGCUCGUUCUUUGGAACGAUCUGCCCUCGCCACUAG